AUGAAUGCCACAAAGUUUGUUGUGCUUCUCUUCAUUGGAGUUGUCUGUACCACUGCAAAUGUUGGCGCAAGGAAGCUCGAAGAAGUCCCCAAAGAGGCCAAACUAGGCAUCUCUAUUCCCGAAACUGCCACUACCAAUAGUGUUGGAACUCAGCUUUCCGUUUCUAUCGGUAAUUACGUCGGGGGACAAGGCUAUAGCAACUCUAACGCUGAUAACGGUGCUGGCGGUGCCAGCAGCAGUACAUCCAACGCCGGCUCUGGCUAUAGCAGCGGAUAUCUCCUUGCCGAUGGUACCAACGAGAAUGCUUAUUUAGGAGCCAGUGCUGGCGGUCAAGGAAAUAGUAAUGCUGAAGCAGGAGCCGGUGGUGCCGCCUCCGGUGGAUACGGCUCUGGAUAUGGCAGCAACUAUGGGGGAGGACAAACCACCAGCCCUUGA